AAUUUGUCUUCUGUGACUGUUCACACUAUUCUUCCGAUUUGAACUAAACUUGCAUUGAAAUCACACCGUUCUUGAAUUGCCGUCUGCGUAGGACUGUCAGCGUACGAGCUACAUUCCUCCCUCAAGUUUUUACUUCCUUCCCGCUCGAACACCUCUCUGAGUUCUGCAGAUAAUAGAGGAAAUUCUUUCGCUUGAAUCUAAAGUGGAAUAGGAGGGGAGGAUGGUGACAUCGCAGGUGGUAAAUACGUACCCGCUUUCAAGCUACACUUUCGGAACCAAAGAGCCGAAAAUGGAGAAAGAUACCUCCGUCGCCGAUCGCCUUGCCCGCAUGAAAGUCAAUUACAUGAAGGAAGGCAUGAGGACUAGCGUUGAGGGGAUUUUAUUGGUACAAGAGCAUAAUCAUCCCCAUAUUCUUCUUUUGCAAAUUGGAAAUACUUUCUGUAAACUUCCAGGAGGCAGGUUGAAACCAGGAGAGAAUGAAAUUGAGGGCUUGAAAAGGAAACUCUCUAGCAAACUUGCGGCUAAUUCACCUUCUCUACAACCAGAUUGGCAGAUUGGUGAGUGUGUGGCGACAUGGUGGAGACCGAAUUUUGAAACCACCAUGUACCCUUACUGCCCCCCACACAUAACAAAGCCUAAGGAGUGCAAGAAACUUUUCCUUGUUCACCUCUCUGAUCAUGAGUAUUUUGCUGUGCCAAAGAACUUGAAGCUUCUUGCUGUCCCAUUGUUUGAACUCUACGACAAUGUGCAGAGAUAUGGGCCUGUUAUAUCUACCAUCCCGCAGCAGCUAUCCAGGUUUCAUUUCAACAUGAUCCAUCCAUAAACUCAUGGGGGAUUCUGUGGAACUCAGAUGGAAGACAGAAUGCAACUGUUGAUCUUGAGUUGGUUAGUCUGGCAGGUCCAAUGUUCUGAGAACAAGUGGUCAAUCUCUGCUUCAUAUCACGAUACAACUUUAGCAGAUAGAACUUUUACGUUUUAGUUUAUCUGUUUUCUACUUUAACCUUGUUCAACUUCUAACUUACACUAUGAAUUGAGUCCUUGGCGUACCUGUAGUUUUAUUCAUUGACUUGUUUUUUUUCUUUUAAUUGAUCAUGUAGUCCUUUUCUGUUUUUAGAUUCUCUGUUUUAGAGCUAAUAGUGUCAUGUAAAGUUGGUGAGAGUAAAGGAGAGCAGACUGCAGAAGUUGUAUGGUAUACAAUGUAACUCUCGAUACCCUGUUCCUGCGGAGUACUAGCGCCUUGUAAGUGUAACUUUGGCAUACUUGGAGCAAUUGAUCAAUUUUAAAUUUUCCUUCU